UAAAAGUUUGAGAUAAAUCUUAUCUCCAUAUUUCUCUCCCAACCCUUAAAACCCCAAUCCAUUUUCAACAAAUCCGAAGAAGAGAUGGCCACGAUUUCUUCGUCUUCCUUUGUAAUCUCUCCGAAUUUCCUUCAAGAAUCCACAAAACCCUUCAAAACUAAUCACUUAAAACUCAAUUUCAGGCCACAGCCUCUCCCUCUAAAAUUCACUCACAGAAGACUCAAUGCAGUGGCGGAGGACACUUCUGUCGCCACGGCGGACCCCUCCUCUGUCGCGGCCAGAAGAUUGUACGUCGGCAACAUCCCCAGAACUGUCAAGAACGACGAGCUCCAGAAAAUCGUCGAAGAACACGGCGCUGUCGAGAAGGCCGAGGUGAUGUAUGACAAAUACUCUGGUAGGAGCAGGCGGUUUGCAUUUGUGACGAUGAAGACUGUUGAGGAUGCCGCUGCUGCUGCUGAAAAAUUAAACGGCACACAAAUUGGAGGGCGUGAAGUCAAAGUGAAUAUAACCGAGAAACCACUGCAAACAUUGGAAUCGUCAUCAGUUCUGCAAGCCGAGGAUUCUCAGUUUGUUGACAGUCAAUACAAGGUUUAUGUAGGGAAUCUUGCAAAGACAGUAACUUCAGAGUCACUUAAAGCAUUCUUUGCGGAGAAGGGAAAAGCUCUCAGUGCAAAAGUAUCUAGAGUUCCAGGGACUUCAAAAUCUAGUGGAUAUGGCUUUGUUACGUUCACUUCAGAAGAAGAUGUGGAUGCUGCCAUAUCUUCUCUUAAUAAUGCGGUGUUUGAAGGACAGAAAAUCCGGGUUAAUAAGGCGUAGCGUUGCUCAUUUGACCUAGGUGGAAAGAGUGCUGCUUGGGGCAUAUCUUCAUGAAGAAACAACAUCUGGUAUGAAGUUGAACAUAUGAUGAAACUGGAAGUAAAUUGUAACAUUGUACCUGCUUCUUACAUUGUGUAUUUAUGCAAUGUGCUGCGAUGGCGGUGCUCCUUCUCCACGGAAUUGAUGUUUGAUGUAGGUCCAAGUGUCUUAGCUACUUAUGUUUGUGUUCUUUGUUUUGCACUAGAGAAUUUUUGUUGAUGUUAUUACAUGAGUUUUGUACUUUUGUAUGUA